AUGAGCUCCCGUAUGGAGGAUGAGGGUAUCGAGCCAAAGUUUGAUGAUAUCCUGAAACUGGUAAAUACUAGUGUCAAUCAAUCUAUGAGCAAGUUCGCCAGUAUAUUGAAUCUCACCCCUAGAAUAGAGCAGUCUGAGGGUAAAACGCACUCAUUGAUGACGAGUAGGCCUCAGAGAGGUGGAUAUCGAGAAGACUCCAUGAUGUCCGGUAAUGCAUAUAGACCUAGUGAGUGUAACAGGUUUCGUAGUACAUCCUCAACAGAUAAGUUACAAGAUGCAAGACAAGCACGGUUGCCUUUUACACGUGUGCAAGAAGUGCAUACAGAAGUGAACUGUGAACCGGUAAGCAAGUUCAGUGAUAAGCUAAAUGUAAACUCCAGGCAUGACUCCGAAUUGUGUGACGAUAACGGUGCGGUCAGGAAGUCUGUAGUUGCAACCGGUAGGCCAUUGUUGAAUAGAGUGUCACAGAAUAGAGUUACUGCUUCAGAGUGCAGUUCUGACUCCACAAGUUUACAAAGUAUAACUAGUCAGAGUGAAGAUAUAAAACCUUUAAUGAUUUGUGAGGAGGAACCAAAAUUGUCUACUUCUGUUAUUAAAGAGUUUGAAAAUGAUGAAGUUGACGGUAAAUUGAAUAUUUGUGGUAAUGAUCAUGAUAGUGCAGAUUUGUCUUUGGUUGAUCAUGAUGAGAUGAGGGAUAUGCCUACUACUGCUAAGUUAAAUAAAGGUUCUGUAGAACUUGAACGUGAAGUAGAAAUAAAUGCAGGUGCAGUUGCAGAAGGCAUGCGUACUUGUGAUACCGUCAGUGUGAUUGAUCAGCACGUAGCCCACCUAUCAUCAGAUGCCAGUGCUAAACCUGAGCUGAUAGUAAAAGACGGCAGUGGUGGUGGUCUUGCAGGUAGACAAAUUUCUGAAAGCCGAGCAACAACAGCUUCUGAUCCAUGGCUAACUUCAUCAACUGAUAUCAAUCAGUCGUCGUUGGUGUUGUCAUCCACAAUGAGAAGGACGCCCAUCAACUCAAGUAUCUUGUCCAAUGACUAUGAUAGUAUCAGUUCGUUUGAAAGGACGAAUAUCAAUGGUCAGUUUAGUGAGGAUAAGCCAAGUGUGAACGGGUGA